CUCAAAUCACCAUAUUUUUUGAUCUGCAUUGUUGCGCUACGUUAUCAGGGAUUUGUUGUCAGUUGAGCUAGAUCUAUAAUCUCUCGGAUCGGUUACAUAAUGUGGAGUACAAAUAUAGCAUAAAUCUUCAUCCCGGACUUAAAAAGUGUAAUGCGGUCUAAACGAAACGAUAUCAGGAUUUCCCGUAAAUUUGUCCCAAAUCCUGGAUCAUUAAAGACGACAAAAAGGGACAGACAUAUCCGGUCCAUAAGUGCAAAAUCAAAGUCGAAGAACGAUGACAAUGAUCAGGACCUAACCACGACACCUAGCGACAAGGUUUCUGUUGUUAAAGAUAACCGUAAUUCUGAAAGAAAGUCGAAAAACUCCGCUGCUUCUAACCUGGGAUCCAGUCUGAAGUCAAGAGUCAUGUCAGAUCCAAAGCGAAAGCUCACUGAUACAAGUGACAGCCGUCUAGCGUUAUCCGAACAGAAGCGUAAACGCUCAGGGGCUGAAAACUAUAUCAACAAAAGGUUUUUAUAUGACGUCGUAGAACCUCCUAAGCGUAACCGCCAGAAAAAGUUCCUGCACUUUACAGACCGGUCAACAGCUGCUCUCAUGGCUGUUUCCUCCGCCAACCUUCUUAAGAAACACAAGUCGAAACUUAGUGUUUCUUCACAAAUCCCUAGCGAACGUGAUUUAUUUCCUCGUGUUAAAAGUCGGCAUGGUCGACGCCUCAAGCCAAAACAUGAGUACAGUCCUUCUCAAUCAGCUGAUGAACAUCAUUCUUUUGAUCAACCCCUUUCCACUGACAGUAGUUGGAAACCCAUCAGAAAAAACAAAAUUUUAUCACAGGCAACAAAAUCACGAUCUGAACACAAAUCAGAUACGACCAACUAUCUCAAACAUGACAAAUACAAUAAAGAGUACUAUUCGUCCGAUGAAGAUCGGGAAGGUAAUGAACUUGAAGGAAUUCUUUCAUCUAAGACCUAUUAUCCCGAUGCGUCGUGUAUAUCAACUUACUCUGACAUGUUUAGUGAACUUCAGAAACCAGAACAGCUUAUUCACGGUCAGAACCCGGAUACUAUGGAAAAUCAUGGAAGAUCGGAAUUAUCUAGAUUAAAGAAUCGUUCUAACCUUAGACGUGUACUCAGUCCAAGCUGUAACCAAAAAGAACCUACCAAUACAUUUUUACGGCAAACUAUGUUUCGUUCUGAUGAGAUUUCUCCUCCUAUUGAUCGACACACCACUAAUAUUCUUGAUUUUUGCAUUAGUUCGAAUGUUGAUCAAUUUGCACAUUUAAGAACCAAUUUAGAUAAAACAGCUAUACAUGAAGAUGAUCUGGAGUCUGCAGAAACACAUGGACUCGUUAAUAGACGAGUUCAACAGUCUCAAGAGGAACUGGAGGAAGAUUUACUUGCUCCAGAACUUUCCAUCAUUACGGGCUCAAACACUGCUACCAGUUCUGAUGGCGUAUUAGUCUCUACAUUGACAGAUACUGGAGCAAUGUUAUCCUGCAAUUCAUCUUCAGGUAGCAGUCGACGAAAAUCUCCUGUUAGACCAAUGCAAGUGCUGAGAACAAAAACCACUCAUACUUCUACAACCGCAGCACCUAAUAAUGCAUCACCGACUAUGUUAGUCACAGGUUCUGAUAAUAACCCGUUUGUCUUCACAUCACCAUCGGUGGUUACAAAUACUGUAUAUACCAGGUCGUUAUCAGACUUAGAUCUUGGCCAUGAUGGAGAUGUGUUAACAUCUGGAAUGUGCUCUGUUUUGUCUGGUAACAAUUCACAAUCGCUUGGCGAGUCUAAUCAGCCCUUAGAAAACAGUUAUGUUGUGAACAAUUCGGAAUUAGAAAUUCACUCAAUCAGCGAUCAUUCACAUCAAAUAUUGUCUUCUGGAUCACCUCUAACAUUGACAUCCAUUAGUUCUGUUAAUCAAGUUCCAGUUUGUAUUGAUAGUCCGAAUGUAUCAAAGGGAAAUACAACAGUUUCGUCAGGCUUAUUGCCAUCACUUCUUACUCAGUCUACUACACGCCCAGUUCCGGUCGUUCAACAACCCAUCAUCUCUCGUGUUUUUAUGGCGCCAAAUACAACACGUCCAGUCACAACUCCUGUAACGAAGCCUGUCAUAUCAGUUCCUCAUUCUACUCUUGGUUCGGUUUCCUCUCGACGACGUCCUACUAUUUUAAAGCGAACACUAGGAACUGUCAACUCGACAACCUCCAAUUCACUGGUCGCUUCACGACCAACAGUUUUCGAAACGUCCGAUAAUGAUGUUGAUCUGUCAACAUCCUCUAGUCGCACUAUUAAUGUAUUUAAUCCUGGCAGUACUGGACAGUUACAAAAACCUAUCAAUUCCAUAACUACGGAAGAGUCUGGAUCUUCUGGGAAUCUGGCCAACACAUCUACUAAGUUAUUACAACUAGUUACUACUACUACAACAUCAACUCCUUCAGAUCGUUUAAAUCCUAAUCAAACUGCUAGUGAUCGUUUGUUUGGUAAGCGUCUUAUUGCUUACAAUAGAAACACAUCACAUACUCCUAAUAAUACAGUGUCAAAUACCACUCAGAAUUCAGGGACAACUCAUCACCAGAGUCCAGCGCCAACAAAUACAACAAUUAAUACUGCAACUCCUUAUCGAUAUGCUGUUGUUCGAGGCUCAGCAGACGGAAAACAAUAUGUUUUAAUCAGCAACCCUCGUAUGGUUGAUCAGACAGUUCAUGAACAACCGGUUGCAACAUUGACUACAGCUGUAAAUGAUGCAUCCCUAGAACCCAUCUACGUUUCAACACCUACAGUUGGUGAGAAUUUCAAUUCUGAACAACUUUUUUCUGUUGAUUCCUGUGUAUCAAGAGCUUUCAAAGUUGAAAUCAACGGUGCCCAUUUAAUUCGAAUGAAUCCUGAAGGGCAUUCGAUAUCGGGAAAUGAUCGACAAAUCAGAACAAUUUACACUACCCCACAAGGUGCUACAACUUUGGCAGCUACAUAAAUCACAAACUAAGUGUUAUUUUGUUUCAUUUCAUUACCAUUAAUAAUUUUACUGUCAAAAUUGUUUUCAGUCUCUGUUAUAUCAGUUCUUUUAACUUCAUUUCUAAAUAUACCACAACAGCAUCCUGAAUAAACAAAUCCACCUUAUAUAAAUCUCGUUUACAUCCUAGUCCGGUAUUUAUACCUCUACCCUUCCAAUGCCUUCGCUUUCGGUUCAAUUCCGGCUAUAUUCAUUCAUCAUUUCUCAUUUUAAAAAAACAACAAAUGAACUCAUAUUUUUUUGUUCGCAAAGUUGGGUUUCUACAAAGAUACGUCAAUUUUCUUGAAUAUACAUGUAAUCUUGUAAAACUUAACUUAGUGUCUUUUUUUUAAUCACUUUCAUUGCGCCUUCAUCUUUUUGUCCUUUAGUGUUUGUGUAUGUGUUUUCGAGCUUAUUUUCUACACUGAGAAGUUUCUAAUUUCAUAGGAGCUUCUAUCUUAAUCAUACUAUUCAAGUUGAUGAAGUAACUAUUGUACUUUAUCAUAUGUAAACACCUUAAAAGCGUUGUAAUUCUAAUAUUAUUGAUGUGAAUUGCUAUUAUCAAUAUCGGUAUGUGAUAUAAAUCUAAUAUACGUAAAGCAAUUUUCCAGACUUGUAAGUUAUCUGUUUACUCGUCGUUUAGCUAAUAAGAGUCUUCCUGAAGUUGCAUGGUACGUACUUGUGUCUCGCUCGGCUAAUGAUGAGUGUGCUGUUGGUGAAAAUGACAUUAGCUUGGUUCGAUGUAAGCAUCAACUCUACAAUGCAAGUGUAUUCGUUCUCAAGGAAGUGUAUCUGUUGUUCCCAAUAUCCACUUCCAGCAUUAUAU